UUCAACUCUCACUACUUCUAUUUUAGCUUUCCGCCGCCGAUCCCCCGACGAAUCCGUCCAUCUGAAAAAGAAAAUGAGAUUGGCGCUCCUUUCCCGGGAUCCUUCCUUAUUCGUUUAGAUCUCGCCGAGCCAGCUUUGAACCGAUCAGCACCGAGGAAGAUACGCCUGUCGCUUUGAGUUAGCAACUUGUAGGCAACCAGUCGCCGCCGCGUAAAUUGGAGGUUUUUGUUGGCGGCGGCGGAGGAGGAUCGUCUGCAUAGAGGCUCAGGCGACGAGAAUAGAAAAGGAAGACGGGAGGACAAUGUCAUCGAGCACUAUCCGGAAGGCCAUCGGCGCGGUGAAAGACCAUACUAGUAUUGGUCUUGCCAAGGUGUCUAGCAACGUCGCGCCGGACCUCGAGGUGGCGAUUUUGAAGGCAACGAGCCAUGACGAUGAGCCCGCCGACGAGAAGCACAUCCGCGAAAUUCUGAACCUUUCCUCCUACUCCCGAGGCUACGCCAGCGCAUGCGUCUCCACUGUAUCCCGCCGCCUCGGGAAAACUCGAGACUGGAUCGUCGCCCUCAAAACCCUUAUGCUUAUCCACCGACUCCUCAACGAAGACGUCCCCUCCUUCCACCACGAGCUUCUCUACGCCACCCGCCGUGGCACGCGCCUCCUCAAUAUGUCCGAUUUUCGGGACGAGGUCCACUCCAGCUCCUGGGAUCAUUCCGCCUUCGUCCGCACCUACGCUCUCUUCCUCGACCAGCGCCUAGAGUACAUCGUCGGCGAUAACAAGCAGGCCGGAUACGGCGGCGACGGCGGCGGCGGAUCCUUCCAUUCUCCUCCCGAGCAGCAGAGGUCGCAGCCGUCUUACAUCGGCGGCAACCAUGGGAGGUACUCGAAUUUGAACUUCGCCCCAACUCAGAGUGACGAGAGGAGAUCGACUACUCCUCUCCGAGAGAUGGCGCCGGAGAAAGUGUUGGGUCGAAUGAACCAACUACAGAAGCUGUUUGAUCAAUUUCUGGCAUGCCGCCCCAUUGGCUUGGCAAAAAACAACAGGAUGAUUAUUGUUGCCCUCUACCCAAUUGUUAGAGAGAGUUUCAAGCUCUACGCCGACAUCCAUGAGACAUUCGCCGCGCUCUUGGACCUUUUUUUUGACAUGGAGUAUGCUUUCUGUGUGAAGUCGUUCGAUGCUUUCGCGAACGCAGCCAAGCAGAUUGAUGAGCUUAAUGCAUUCUAUGGGUGGUGCAAGGACGCAGGGGUGGCGAGGUCCUCUGAGUAUCCGGAGGUGCAGCGCAUAACAGAUAAAUUUCUGAAGACGUUAGAGGAAUUCAUGCGGAGCAUGGCAACGAGGCCAAACACCUCUCUGAGUUGCGUGGAGCCGGAUCCUGCUGUACAGGAGGAAGAGCCGGCGUUGGAUAUGAAUAACAUAAAGGCCCUUCCUGCACCCUCAGAAUAUGAGGAGCAACCUGUGCCUCCGGUGCCUAAGUCUCAGAUCCAGUCUCAGCCUCCAGGUGACUUGGUUGAUCUCAGGGAGGAGGAUGAGACUGCAGAUGCUCAAGGAAAUAUGCUUGCAUUAGCCCUUUUCUCUGGCGGAGCUUCUGGGCCUGGAAAUCGGAUACGGGAGGCAUUUCCUUCCGUUGAAACUUCGGGGGAAGGUGAACUGACCUCAUCCUGGCAGACACCAGCAGCUAAGGAGGGAAAAGCUGAUUGGGAACUUGCUUUGGCUGAAACAGCCAGCAACCUUGCGAAGAAUAAUACUACAAUAGGAGGUGGCUUUGAUCAUCUGCUGCUCAAUGGCUUGUAUGACCAUGGGGCGGUGAGGCGCCAUGAAAGUGAGCACACAAGCUUCGGGAGUGUGAGCAGCGUGGCCUUGCCAGGCCCUGAGAAGACGGCUUCAGCUGUCCUGUCCUUGCCGGCGCCCGACGGCACAGUUCAGAAUAUUGGAGGAGAUCCCUUCGCUGCUUCCCUGAGCAUUCCUCCUCCAUCGUAUGUGCAGAUGUGUGACAUUGAGAAGAAGCAGCAGCUGCUGAUGCAGGAGCAGCAGUGGUGGCGCCAGUAUACUCAGGGUGGAAUACCGGACCAGGCGAGCCUGGCUAAGCUCAACAAUGCUCACUACUACUACAACCCAGGCAUCCAGUAUGGCAUGCCAAACCCUGCUGCAUACUACUACCCUAAUAUGUAGGGCUUACUCUUUUUCGACUUUUUCAUUAUUUUUGCUCGUGUAGCUUGGGUUGCUCGAAUCCAUGGUGUUUAUUCCUCAUCACUUACUCCGUUCUCUCAUGAGUUAUUGAGCAAAGAACUUGAAUC